AUCCUCUUUGUGAGGGUUUUCCUUUUUCUUUCUUCCUGGUAGGAAAUGUAUCCUUAUAUAAACUGCUCGUUCCGUGUCUUUGUUAUAUCAGAACCCACAGAAGACAAAUAACAUCCAAGAUGAAGAUAGUUCUUGUUAUAAACAUCGCUCUAGCACUCCUGUGUCUCUUUCAAUUACAAACAGUUCUGGCUGUGACGUUGAAUUUAGCCAGAGGACAGACAACAGGGCGCUCUCUACCGGGAAUGUCUAUUAAAUCUGGUUAUACCAACCAGGGAGGUGCAGGACCCUGCAGCGACGGUGUGGUUGUCAAGGUAAAUUUCGCCCAAGCAUCGUGCAGACCUGCCAAUCACCUCACAUGCGGACGUCGAACCCCUCGGCUUAAAGUUGUGGUUCAUCUCGAUAGGCAGAGAUCACGAAGUGGAUGGUUGCUCAAUAUCGGCGACAGUAUCUCUAACAAUGGAUAUGGCGGAGAUGGGGGUCACAAUGACAACGCGGCGGAAAUCCAGGCUGUGGUGGGGGCGACCACCUACGAUAUCACGUCAUACAAGCGAGGCGGACACGUUUGUCAGUUCGCGAAAAAGGCUUUUACUGAUCAUUAUGUGGUCAAUCCAUCUGUCAAUACCGUCACUUUCUAUGUGGCCGACCGGUCGUAUCGUGUCACCAACGACCAAGGUUUCGACGCGACUCAUUGUAGCAAUUGUCUAUUCGCCUUGAACAAUCAACCGGACACUAAAGGAGGUGCUCAUCGCAUCAACAAGGACAUCUACCUGUCAUUUAAUAGGGUGAUCAGCAAUUCAGUUAGGAAAGGUCACGGGGUGUGUUCUGUCGACCUGGCGUGGGACUGUACUCCGUAGAUCCUUCAGAUGAUGUCUUCAGGUUCAGCUCAAGAAGUGGUCAAGUCACGUCAACCAGACUCUGUCUAUUCCUUUACGAAGUCAGAUACUUCCAAGAGAUCUGUUUUAUCGGCUAUUAAGUGAAACUUCAGUAAUGAAAUUCAAACUUCUUUUCCAUGCUACGCGCUCCAUAAGAACGUCGUCGAAACCUGGCGGUGGUGAUUUUGUACUUUUUAAUAGAUCUUAUUUGAAAUAUAACAAUUCACUUAAAUCCAUUCAUCAUGUUCGAAGAUAAAUGUGUAUCUAUGUAACAUAUACAUGAUCUUUUCCAUCAUGUAUCGUUAUUAAAGGUAUCUAUAUCCAAUAUUACCGACUUUCGGUCUUUCGGCAGGCGAAAAUACAUACCGUAGCAUUGAUAUUACCUAUAUCAUGAAUUAUAUAAUACGCUAGUUUUAUUGCAUUUUUUCCAGUGAAACAUAGAAAUGUAUCAAACUAAUAAAACUUCAAUGAUGAGCAUA